UACUAGGAUUCCUCGGCUCGAACAUGAUUGGACGAUCACUCUAUCUCUUGCGUCAAACCGACGACCCUCCCCUCCAUUACCCAGGCACCAAAACUCCACUGCCAGUUCAUGGCGCGUACUGUCCACUGUUUGACGCCUUGCCAACAAACCCAACAACUAUAUGACUAAUAAUGUAAAAAGGUGAAAACCCAGAGAAAAGAAAGAGAAUAGAGACGAAGGGGAAGGAACGAUAACCAACGCCAAAAGCAUGUUUUUCGGUGGUCGUGCGGUGUCGUUGUUGCCACUAAUCUUGGUACUAUGUUUAACGAGUAACAGUAAUAUUUUGCCAGUUGCGGAAGCUCUAUGGUUAACGAUUCCAAGUUCAGGAACCAAGUGUGUUUCGGAGGAGAUCCAAAGCAACGUUGUCGUUUUAGCUGACUACUAUGUCGUCGAUGAAAACAACCCUGAUCACAUCCCCACUGUCUCUGCCCGGGUAACAUCUCCUUUUGGAAACAAUCUUCACCACAAUGAAAAUGCAACUCAUGGUCAGUUUGCGUUUACAACUAGUGAGACAGGCAACUAUCUGGCUUGUUUCUGGAAGGAUGGCAGUCAUCAACAGGAUGCUGAACUAACUCUGGGCCUUGACUGGAAAAUUGGAAUUGCUGCCAAGGAUUGGGAAUCAGUUGCAAAGAAGGAGAAGAUAGAGGGUGUUGAACUUGUCCUAAGGAGACUGCACGGAGCAGUGGAAGCCAUCCGUGGUAACCUAAUCUAUCUCAAGGACAGAGAAGCAGAGAUGAGGGAAGUCAGUGAAAGAACAAAUGCAAGAGUGGCAUGGUUCAGUAUCAUGUCUCUUGGUGUCUGCAUCGUGGUUUCAAUUGUCCAGCUAUGGCACUUGAAGCGUUAUUUUCUAAAGAAGAAGCUCAUCUAGAUUAUAAAACUUAAAUACACUACAUCCUUGUCAAAGUCUUAAGAACAGAAACACAAAAAAAAAGGGAUAGAUUACACUACAUUCUUGUUGUUGUACCAUAGAGGGCUUCUUUCAUUUCCUUCUGAUUUGAGAGUGAAGAUGGAGGUGGUGUGGAGGAAGAUCUCCAUAGAUGGACAAAUUUUGAAUGCAAUAUUGAGAGAAAGAAAAAGAAAAAAACGAACAUAGGAAGAGAAAGUGAAUGUCAUGAUUGUGGGGAGGCUGGGAGCAUGACCCUGCAUCCAUGUUUAAGGCAAUGAUUGCCGUCAUUGCUGUAGCUCCAACUCUGUUUCGGAUACUGGUGUAUCGACUACUGCAAGCUCUUGCUGAAUGCCUCCUCUGAGAUCUUCUUUGCACCUGGAAAAUAGAAAUAAAAACUAGUCAAAAAAAGCACAAACCCAUUCCAACCAUGAUAAUUAUGUUUCGUCCAUCCCUUUUUACUUCAGCCCGAUUCAGUUGUGUAAAAUUUAAGCAAAUAUAUCGGUUUUAAAAAUAUUUUUCGUAAUUAUAAUUUGAAACA